AUGAGGGAUUCGCCAGAUUCUGCAGCAAAAAGAAGCAGGAGCAGAAGCACUAAUAGUAGUGCUAGUAGAAAAAGUCGAAGCAGAAGUGCUUCUAGUGCCUCAAGAAGGUCUCGUUCAAGAAGCCGUAGCAGUGAAAUUGAUGGAUUUAGAUUACACAUUGGCGAUAUUGGUGACGAGAUUAGAAGGUCUGAUUUGGAAAAAGUUUUUUCUAUGUAUGGCACUUUAAGAGAAGUCUGGAUGACUAAUAGUACCCCAUGUUUUGGAUUUGCCGUUUUUAAGGAGAAAAAAGCAGCUGCAGCUGCUUUAAAAGCUUGUGAUGGAAUUGAAGUAGCUGGCAGCCGCAUUCGUGUAACAUAUGCCAGACCAAGAACCCGUGGGUCUGGCAGAAGAUUAUAUAACAGUAACAUGCGCUGUUAUCAAUGUGGUUACUCUGGUCAUUUCUACCGCGAUUGCCCGGAAGUUAAUGGGGGAGGAGACAAAAGAGACCGUUACGGCCGCUCUAGAGGUUAUAGAGAACGUGAUUAUGACAGAGACGGUAGAAGAUCCAGCAGAAGCAGCAGAUACGAUGACAGAUCAAGACGCAGUGGAGGUGGUGGUGGUGGUAGUAGAUACAGAAGAUAA